AUGGCGGCGGCGGUUGCAUCAGGAAUUGCCCCGACGACAGCGAUGGUUGAUCAAGUCCCUAACCAACCAUCCGUCGUCACGGUUGCGUCUCCUAAUUCAACAACUCCAUUCACUCAGGUAGCCGCCGUGGCUGCAGCCGCUGCGGCUGCAGAAGCGUUACAAGCGCACCCUAACUCGUCUCUCUACGUCGGAGAUUUAGACCAGAGUGUCAACGAGGCACAUCUGCUGGAUCUGUUCAACCAAGUUGCUCCUGUUCAGACAGUUAGGGUUUGUCGUGAUCUCACUCGUCGCUCUCUUGGUUACGCUUACGUCAACUUCGCUAAUCCCGAUGAUGCGAUGCGAGCGAUGGAUAGUCUGAACUACACACCGAUCAGAGACAGGCCCAUAAGGAUCAUGCGUUCGAACCGCGACCCGAGCACGAGACUUAGCGGGAAAGGAAACGUUUUCAUCAAGAACCUCGACGUGUCGAUCGAUAACAAGGCCCUGUACGAUACGUUCUCCAUCUUCGGGACUAUACUCUCGUGCAAGGUGGCGAUGGACGUGACGGGGAGGUCGAAAGGUUACGGCUUUGUCCAGUUCGAGAAAGAGGAGACCGCUGAGGCUGCUAUCGACAAGCUUAACGGGAUGCUGCUUAAUGACAAGCAAGUGUUCGUGGGACACUUUGUGAGGCGUCAGGACAGGGCUCGGUCCGAGAGCGGGACGGUGCCACGGUUUACUAACGUGUACGUGAAAAAUCUUCCGAAGGAGAUUGGUGAUGAUGAGCUGAAGAAGACGUUUGGGAAGUACGGUGAUAUCUCGAGCGCGGUUGUGAUGAAGGAUCAGAGCGGGAACUCGAGGUGUUUCGGGUUUGUGAACUUCGAGAGUCCCGAGGCGGCUGCGGUGGCUGUUGAGAAGAUGAAUGGGAUUAGUCUUGGGGAGGAUGUGUUGUACGUUGGGAGGGCGCAGAAGAAGUCUGAGAGGGAAGAGGAGCUGAGGAGGAAGUUUGAGCUUGAGAGGAUAAGUAGGUUUGAGAAACUGCAAGGCUCGAAUUUGUAUUUGAAGAAUCUUGAUGAGAGUGUGAAUGAUGAGAAGCUCAAGGAGAUGUUCUCUGAGCAUGGGAACGUGACCUCAUGCAAGGUUAUGAUGAACGCAGAAGGUGUGAGCAGAGGGUUUGGUUUUGUUGCUUAUUCUAGUCCUGAAGAAGCUUUAAGAGCUAUGAAUGAAAUGAAUGGGAAGAUGAUAGGGAGGAAACCUCUUUACAUUGCUUUGGCUCAACGCAAGGAAGAGAGGAGGAGCCACCUUCAGACUCUAUUUUCCCAUAUGAGACCAAAUGGGACAAUGUCGCCAAUGGCAUCACCAAUGCCUGGUUUCCACCACCACCCACCAGGAGGUGCAAUGGCAGGUCCACACCAUCCAAUGUACGUAGGACAGAACGGUCAAGGUCUGGUGCCGUCUCAGCCUAUGGGGUACGGUUACCAACUUCAGUUCAUGCCUGGUGUGCGUCCAGGCUCUGGUCCAGCCAACUUCAUGAUGCCUUACCCUCUUCAAAGGCAGAACCAGCCUGGUCCACGUGUUGGGUUCAGGCGUGGUGCUACUAACAUGCAGCAGCACUUCCAGCAACAACAACAGAUGAUGCAGCAAAAUGCAAGUCCGGGAAUGAGAUACAUGGGUGGCCCAGGCAACAGGAGGAAUGGAAUGGAAGGAACUGCUCCACAAGGCAUCAUCCCUUUGCCAUUGGAUGCAUCUGCAAUCUCUCACAAUGGUUCUCAAAACCCACAGAAGCCACCACUCCUCCCCAUUUCUAAGCUCAUGUCUGCCUUGGCUCUUGCUAACCCUGCUAAUCACCCACAGAUGCUCGGGGAGCAGCUCUACCCACUUGUGGAGAAGCAGGAGCCAGUUCAUACGGCCAAAGUCACCGGGAUGUUGCUGGAGAUGGACCAAGCCGAGAUCCUGCACCUUCUCGAGUCACCUGAAGCUCUUAAAGCCAAAGUCUCUGAGGCGCUGGAUGUGCUCAGGCUCUCUGCUAAUCCACCAGCCGUCUCUUCCGUUGAUGACCAGUUCGCCCCCUCGUCAACAGAGUGAACUGACUCCUUAACUCUCAAGACAUUAUCUCCUGUCUUUUUAGUAAACAAUCUCUUUUUCGAAAAAACUUUUAGGAAUCGCUUUCUCUAUUUUGCAACUUUAGUUUGUUUUCAAGUUCUACUCUUUUUAUCAUCAUUUCUUUGUUUUGGGUCUUAUCUAAUGAUUUAACUCAUUCAAGUCUCUACUGUUCAUUCUAAUAAUCAGCAAAAUUAAGCUC